UAGUUCCUGGCGUCUGAGAGGAGAAACAUGUAUCGACUUCGUUCACGGGCAUCCACGGGGAUUUCUACCGCUGCUACAGCUUUGCCUAUCACCUGCUUUCCUCAAUCACAUCCGCUGCCUCGGUCCGGGAAGCCGGCCUCACAGAGACGUUUCUAUAGUAAAAAGCGCUCCUGCUCUUCUAUCGGCUGAUUGUCACUGUCGCCCGGGCGAAAGGGAAGAAGCCAGGCCGGAGACCAAGACCCCCGGUGCGAGAGCGCCAGAAGGAACCGCGCGGAGCUAUUGCCGCUACAGGCCGCCGCCAUGCCCAAGUCUAAGCGGCGAGGAGGGGGUAACCCGCGCGGAACAUCAGGUGCCCAGCACAGAAACAUGCAGCCUUUUAGUGAUGAAGAUGCAUCGAUUGAAACUAUGAGCCAUUGCAGUGGCUUCAGUGAUCCUGCUAGCUUCACUGAGGAUGGGCCUGAAGUUGAAGAGGAAGCAACCCAAGAAGACUUGGAAUACAAGCUGAAGGGACUAAUUGACCUUACAUUGGACAAGAGUGCAAAGACAAGGCAAUCAGCUCUUGAAGGUCUUAAAAAUGCCUUGACUUCAAAAAUACUGUAUGAGUUCAUCCUGGAAAGGAGAAUGACACUAACAGAUAGUAUUGAACGCUGUAUCAAGAAAGGCAAGAGUGAUGAGCAAUGUGCAGCUGCAGGGCUGGCCUGUCUACUUUGUGUGCAGUUGGGAUCAGGCAUUGAAAGUGAGGAGGUCUUUAAGACCCUUGCACCUAUUCUGAAGAAGAUACUAUCUGACGGGUCAGCAAGUAUACAAGCAAGGCAAGCUUGUGCAAACUGCUUAGGAGUCUGUUGUUUUAUUGCCACCGAUGAUAUCACGGAAUUAUACUCAACAAUGGAAUGCCUGGAAAAUAUCUUCACCAAAUCUUAUCAGAAUGAGAAAAAUUCAAAUAGCAUUUCCAGCACCCAGAACACAGUUCUUCACAUCAGUGCACUCUUGGCAUGGACCCUUCUGUUGACCAUCUGCCCAAUGAAUGAAGUGAAGAAAAAACUUGAAAUGCAUUUGCAUAAAUUUCCCGUCCUGUUAUCCUGUGAUAAUGUAAACAUGAGGAUUGCUGCUGGUGAAACCUUGGCUCUCUUGUUUGAACUGGCAAGAGCAACAGAUGGGGAUUUCUUUUAUGAAGAUAUGGAACUUCUAACCCAGAAAUUGAAGGCUCUGGCUACAGAUGGGAAUAAACACCGUGCUAAGGUAGACAAAAGGAAACAGCGAUCUGUCUUCAGAGAUGUCUUGCGAGCUGUGGAGGAGCAUGACUUCCCCACUGAGACAGUAAAAUUUGGACCAGAGCGCAUGUACAUUGACUGCUGGGUUAAAAAACAAACAUAUGAUACGUUCAAGGACAUUUUAGGAUCAGGAAUGCAAUAUCAUCUGCAGUCAAAUGAGCUCCUCCGGAAUGUGUUUGAACUUGGGCCACCACUGAUGCUUGAUGAGGCAGCUCUUAAAACCAUGAAGAUUCCCCGUUUCGAAAGGCAUCUCUACAACUCCGCAGCAUUCAAAGCACGGACAAAGGCUCGAAGCAAAUGUCGUGAUAAAAGGGCAGAUGUGGGUGAAGUGUUCUAGAGGAACUAUUGAAGACCUUUAACUUGAUUUUGGUUAAAUCUAAUUCCUGUUAAGUGUAAUUAAUUGUAGUACUUAAAGUGAAAUGAGGCAUUUUAACUGUCCUCUUAGGUAUUUUGCAUAUAUGUAAUGUAAUAGGUGUUUGUUAACUGCCUAGGUGGAUAUUUGUAGUGUAGAUUAGAGUGUAGAAGGUUGGGAGGGAAGCUUCUGGCACUAUAUGGUAUGUGAGCCUGGCUCGUGAUUCUGGCAUAAUUCUUAAAUCACUAUUAGUCACUUGGUGCUGAGGACUGUUUUGAUUCAGCUCAUUGGUUUUAGCAAACUAAUGAAAUAGGUGAGAAAUUCUAAGAUGAAUACUCUGUGAGGCUGAACAUGCCUAUUUUAUGGUCAACAAACUAUUUUAAAUCUCAACAUCAAGGCUGUUACAGUGACCUUGGUGUACCAUGCAGGGCCCCUCCAGCUCAGUGAAGCUGGAUUUUCAAUGAAGUAGCAGACAAAUGUUUAAAGAAAUGUUGUGUAUCACAUUCUGAAACUUGGAUAAUAAAAUAUAUUUAUCUCUGAAA